UUUCGGUUGUCCCUGGUGGUGGCUACUUACAAUGCAGCCUUCUCAUUGGUGCGCCCCAACCCACUUCCAGUCCGGCCAGUGUGCCGCCAAACCUCCAACGUCAACCGCCGCAUUAACGCAGCUUUGCCUUUCCGACAUUCCCAAUCCGCCCGCACACUCCAUCCACAUCCUCGCCGCGAUGCAUCUCCUCGCUCCUCUCGCCAUACUGGGCACCGCUCUGGCCCUCGACGUCACCCUCAUCCUGCCCGCCUACCACCCCGACCCCCUUUCGCUUCCUCCGUCGACACACGCCACGCUCUCCUCGCUCGGCCAGCGCUUCUCGGCCCCGAUCUCGGACGCCAGCACAUUCGUCUUCCGAAACGUUACUCCCGGAUCAUACCUCGCCGAUGUACACUGCGCAACUGACGGCUUCAAGCCCCUGCGCAUCGAUGUGGGCGGCGGCGACGUCGUCCUGGCUUGGGAAACAUACCGCGGCAACGACUGGGACAACAGAGGCGAGGCUGUGCCUCUGACGGAGACGGAGACGGUCAAGGGCUUCCAAGUCAAAUCUAUGGGCACUAAGCUGUACUUUAACGAACGUCCCAAGUUCUCCAUUAUGACCAUCUUUGGCAACCCCAUGAUCCUCAUGGGUAUUGUGUCCAUGGUCAUCUUUAUCGGCAUGCCCAAGCUCGUUGAAAACAUGGACCCCGAGACGCGCGCCGAGUUUGAAGCCUCGCAAAAGAACAGCGCCAUGAAUGCGUUCCUCACCGGAAACGCCGGCGAGGCUGGGAAGAAGAACCCUCUUAACAACUUUGAUAUGGCUGCCUACCUGGCCGGCUCUAAUAAGAAGGAAGCCGCCUCAGAGGAGGCGUCGCGCAAGGUUGAGGGUGUCAGACGAUAGACAGAAAAGAAACUGCAGCGGCAAGAUAAUAGAACUGAGGAAUGUUUAGACAUGAAUGAUUAAACAAAAGAAUGUACAAUCACGUCUUGUAUACGUAAUGGUGAAUAUGGUUCAUUUUUCUUUAAGUCGUCAUUAUGAAAUUACUGGUCAAGUCUCGUAACUGUGUCUAGAGGUGCUCAAUAAUAGACUGUCCGCUGAACAUGGCAUGUAUCUCAUGCGUUCUAUCUCCUAGCUGUGCAAACCGCUUAGAAAUCACCGAAACCGCCAUCGUCAAAGCCACCGCCGUCGUUGUAGUCGUUGUUGCCGUAAUCGCCGGUAUCAUGUGAGCCGUAAUCUUGCUGCUGGCUCUGCUGGUUCAUGGCAUCGUUGUGCUGAGCAUCUUCUGUAUACAGUUGUUAGUAAAAUAGCCUCCAUCAUUAAAUUUGUAAAUCACUUACGGUAACCCUCUUCAUAUGCCUCGUGCUGCUCGUGCUCAAAGGCACCAGCAAGCAAUGCACCACCAAGAAGACCAGCACCAGCACCGAGGGCCAGUCCACCCAUGCCCAUACCACCGCCAGUUCUUCCAGGACGGCCUUGGUUGUUAUAGUUGUUACCAUAGCCAGGGCCGCCGCCAUAGCCACCACCAUAACCACCUGGAGGACCCUGAGGAGGAUAGGCUUGCUGCUGGGGGUAGCCGCCGUACUGAGGCCCCGGAGCACCGUAGCCAGGAGCGCCGUACUGCUGAGGUGGCGGUCCGUAGUUUUGCGGCGGGUAGUUUUGCUGAGGAUAAUUCUGCUGAGGGUAAUUCUGCUGGGGGUAGUUUUGCUGGGGGUAGUUUUGCUGAGGGUAGUUUUGCUGGUAAUUGUUGUUGUUAUUCUUGCCCUUGCCGAGCAGCUUGCCUAGGAAACCUCUGCUCUUUUCACGCUCACGAGGAGGCAAGUCGCUGGGAAAGCUUCCCGACUGACCCUGGGGGCCCGACGAGCUGGAUCCGCGGGCCUUGGAGUCUUCCUCGGCCUGGAGCUUAGCGGCAAGCUUAGCAUCCUCACUCUCGGUAGCCGAGCUGCUGGCCUCGUUGGGGUUAGGCUUGGGCUCUUCGUACGGGUUCUUCUUGGUAUCAGUGACGACGGGGGCAGAUCCAGGCUCAUAAGAAGGCGGAGGAGCGUCGGGAGUGUCUGCAGCCGGGAAGACGGGCUCAGUGGGCUUCUCCCACUGCGACUUUUUCGUAUAAACAUUGACAUAGAACCUGGAAGGGCGUAAACGUUAGCUGGAGGCACACGGGGGAGCAAUUGCUCAAACACACAAAGUGAGCGUCAACCCGCAACGUACCAUUCCUUGUAUUCAGUGUUCCAUCGAGCGGCCCAGCCUGCGGGGACCUCGGGGGCCUUGGGCGGGGGAGGACCAGAGGGAGCAGCGUAGUCCGCCAUUCUAUGAAUCGUAUUUUAUAUGCGCUCUGUUCGGUAGAGUCGAGGGAGAGAAACGAAGAGCAGAAAUGCCGCUAGAUGGGAUGUGGUUGUAGCGCAAGCUCCGGAGGAGGGGAAAGGCGGGCUUUCUGUUUAUAGGGUGGUGUGGUGUAAGCUAGCGAGCUUGGGAGGUGGGGUCGGCGUUUUGCUUGGUGUAUGUGUGCUUGGCUGUGGAUGGAGGAUAUAUCAAUACAAAGUUAGCAAAGAAGUCAAAAAUAAAUUAAAAUCAACAAGCUCAAAAAGGGGAAAAAAAAAGGAAAAGCGUCCAUCCUUCUUCAUAUACGUUCGGCGGGCUGGCCCUUUGUGCGGUUGGUUGGCUGGCGCAGCCCCAAGGGCAUACAUCAUCAAGCCGCCACCAGCAACAGCGCUUGUGCUGGCCUGUAACAAACAAGGCAGCGACAGUUCUCCACUGGUGUCGCUUCCAGAAGCCCGCCGAAUCGCCUAGUAAAAGGGCCUGGCCUGGCGCUGGAACAAGAUGUUCCCGGG